CUCACAUCGCAACACGCGCUCACGUUCCCCAUCUUUGCCUCUGUCUCAUUGCUUGCCCUCUAUGCCUUCUUUGCCUACAUCGAGCUCCUUUACAUGUGCGCCAACAUGGUACUUGCUACCACAGCCUUGGCGACCCUGCUGCACCCCAUGGCGCACAUAACGUUGCACCGCGUCUUGCGCUGUGGGCGCGACCGCAUCACGACUUGGCUUGCUGGAGCUGCGGCACUAAGCAUCACCGGCGUAUGGGUGCUGAGCAAUGAUUGGCGUCUCUUGGACCUCAUCGGCUAUGCCUUGUGCGGCUUGAUGCUCAGCACCUUGCGCUUCCAAGAUCUACGCACCGCCACCCUGCUGGGUGCUCUCUUGCUGGUGUAUGACGUUUUUUGGGUCUAUGUAUCACCUUGGCUCUUUGAGCGUAAUGUAAUGGUCUCGGUGGCCAAGCAGCAGGCUCAGAAUCCAGUCGAGGUAGCUGCCCAUCGGUUGGCUCCGCGCUGGCAAGUACAGCUUCCAACCCUGGACCCACCAGUCAAACUCGUGUGUCCCGGGUGGACGGAGCCAGAGCACCUCUCCAUGCUGGGUCUCGGCGACAUUGUCUUCCCUGGUCUUUGCAUCGGUAAGUCCCUGGAAGUCCAGUACCGCGCACUAUUGGCAGCACGUAUGGACCGCUGCCUGCCAGCUCCAAAGCGGCGACCCAGCUAUUUUGCUGUGACAAUCGGGGCUUAUACAGCAGGGUUGUUCUUGGCCAUGUUUGUAGCCAAGCACUUUUCUUAUGCUCAACCCGCUCUGUUGUACUUGGUACCGCUGGUACAUGGUGCAUUCUUGGCUGUGGCCUGGUCACGAGGCGAGUUGCAGGCUGUUUGGACC